AUGGUGAGGGGCCAGGGGAGCCGGGCCCCGCCCCGGGGGUAUUUAAGGCCACUGCCCGGGGGCUGCCCUGGGUCCGGUGUGAUGGCCGAGGAAGCGAUGGCGAGCUACCUCUACACCGCCUACCACCCGUACUCCUACCGCUACCCACCGCCCAGGGGCAAAGGAGGGGCGGCGGGCGGCUGGCGCCCGCGGGGCAGCAGCGGCUACUACUCGGGCUACGGGGAGGCGGCCGCCGAGUACUUCGACAACUACCAGCGGGCGCAGCUGAAGGCCAUCUUGUCCCAGGUCAACCCCAACCUGACGCCGCGGCUUCGCAAGGCCAACACCAAGGAGGUGGGCGUGCAGGUGAACCCGCGGCAGGACGCCUCGGUGCAGUGCUCGCUCGGGCGCCGCACGCUGCUGCGCGGCCGCCCCGUCCCCGCUGCGCCGCGGCCCCGUGAGGCGCAGCGAGAGCAGGAGCUGGGCAGCCCCGCCACCACCAACACCCGCGCCGUGCGCUUCCCCCGCACCAUCGCCGUCUACUCGCCCGUGGCGUCCCGCAGACUCACCGCCUUCCUGGAGGAGCCGAGCCCGGAGCCGGAGCGGCAGCCGCAGCAGCAGGACAAGGCGCCGGCCGUCGAGGAGGAGCCGGCCGCGCUGAGGGAGCAGCGGGCGGCGCAGGCCGCGGCGGAGGCGGCUGCCGUGAGGGCGAGCUGGGAGAAGCCCCCUGAGGUUGGCGCCGAGCCGCUGGAGCAGCGCUCGGCCGAGCCACUGGGGCAGCGCUCGGCUGCCCCCCCGGAGCCGGCGACGGAGGCAAGCCAGGAGCAGCUGGCAGAGCCUUCAGCCCAGGCAGGGGCAGCAGAGCCGUCAGCCCAGCCGGCAGAGCCGUCAGCCCAGCCGGCAGAGCCUUCAGCCCAGGCAGGGGCAGCAGAGCCUUCAGCCCAGGCAGGGGCGGCAGAGCCGGCAGCCCAGCCGGCAGAACCACCGGCCUCACCCCAGAAGCAGCAGCAGGCAUCGGCGGACAAGACCCGUCUGCGCUUCCAGUUCCUGGAGCAGAAGUACGGGUACUACCACUGCAAGGCCUGCAACAUCCGCUGGGAGAGCGCCUACGUCUGGUGCGUCCAGGGCACCAACAAGGUCUAUUUCCGUCAGUUCUGCCGGACCUGCCAGAAGUCCUACAACCCGUACCGCGUGGAGGACAUCACCUGCCAGAGCUGUAAGCAGACGCGGUGCACCUGCCCCGUGAAGAUGCGCCACGUGGAUCCCAAGAGGCCCCACCGCCAGGACCUCUGUGGGAGAUGCAAAGGGAAACGCCUCUCCUGCGAUAGCACUUUCAGUUUCAAAUACAUCAUCUGAGUGGGAUGGGGUUCUUUGUUUUUGUUUAGAGCUCUUCAAGAAAACUGCAAGUAGAGCAGAUUUUUGUUGUUGUUGUUGUUUUUGAUGGUAUUGUUGAAGGUAAUUGGUGAGAUGUAGCUAGGAAAGCAUGAAAAUAAAAGCAUUGCAAAGCAUACUCAAAUGAUCAGGUGGGUUUGUGCCCAGCUCAGAGGAUGCAUCUUGUAAAUUCUGUAACUUGCAUGGGCAACAAGCCUAGAGGUGUAUUGUAAAUCAGUGAUGGUCUUGGAAGCAACUGACUCAGGAUUUUGUAGACUCUCAGGUGGAAAAGGUUUCUGUUACUGCUCCUGCUCUUGAACCAAUCAAAUACCUGAAGUUAACAUCAAAUUGACAUCUGCAGUAGGUAGUAGACCAUCCUUCAUGAUGAACAAAACACCAGUAGUAUUCACUUGUUUUGCACACCUCUAUUCAAUAUAUAAAGUAUCUUGCACCUGUUUUUCAUCACUAGAAAAUGAUUGAGAAAUGCUGUGUAAGUACUGAAUCACUUCUACUGGUACUGGCCUGCAUUUAGCUAAGUUGGUGUUUUUGUCUGUAGGUAAAAGUGAAAGAAAGCUUUUCAGGGCUGGUUCUCACAAAGUGCUGAGGAAUGGAGUUGCUGAUGUUACGGUGAGGUCUCCUGGUAAAUGUAUUGUUCAUCUCACACAAGGUUACAGAGAGAAGUGACACUUCAGAGGAGCAAGAUGCAAUAAUACUGCAUCUGCUUGGCUUCCUUUUCAAUCUGCAGGUGAAGUGCAAGAGCAGUGCACUCAGUGGAUUAUACUUGAGGAGUUUGAUUGACACUGCCACACUCCUCUGGGGUUGGGGUUGCAGCUAGGGAUUGUACUUGUCAUGUUUGGUAGUAAUGGCAGGAGCAGCACUGGUUACUUGCAGAUGAUGCUCUCUGUGGGGUGGUGGUGCUGUCUAUAGGAACACCAUGCUUCAGGCAAGUGUUACAAACUGGCUCUGCCACGAAUGUACAGCAUCACCAUCUGAGCAGGUUCACAAGCUAGCAAAACCUACACCACUGCCCCAGUCUACCUUUUAGCUAUGAAGCUGGAACAACUACUCAGAUGAAAACCUACUUUUCUGAGAAUGCUACCAGCACUGUUAAUUUUUAAAUUGGGCAUAGUCACCAAGCCUUUUGCAGAACUCUCAAGAUAACUUCUCUUUCAAAAGAAUGAUUUUUUUUUUUUAUAUUUGCUAUAGCAAACUUUUCUACAUCUAUACCCAGCUUACUUGAGAGACCAUUCUGUUAAAUGCUAAAGAGAGAAUCAGUCUGAGCCCAUGCUGUAGAACAGCUUCAGUGCCAGUUUCUAUAAGUGGCAGUGAAUGUUAUUUCUAUAUGCUUCACUUAUCUUGCUGUAAAUUCCUGCCUUGUUUCAAUAUGCCCCUUGAACCUGCUGCAGUAGACCUAAUGCCUCAGUGUCAAUUUAUUGCAAAGUAAUUUUAUUUAUUCUUGCUGCAUUCAUUAUUAUAGCAGUGCGAGGCAUUCUGGGAAGAAGCAGACCUACGCCUUCCAGAGCAGAGCAUGGUUCUAUUUCAGGCUUCUACCUGACAUGUUUUUCCAUGGAUCACAGUAAAAGGAAACAUACAUGUUUUUUUUUUCUUUACCAGCUCACUCAGACUUUCACAGCAAAUUCCAUCCUUGCCCAAUUCAAUUUGAAAAGCUGCCCUGCAGCUGGGCAGUGUUCUGUUGUAGAUGCACAUGCCUUGUACUCACCUGUAGUUACUGUGAUGAGCAGUGGCAAGCCUCCAGUUUGAGGAAUGCCCCUGGGACCCUCUGCAGCCACCUGGCCCCACUGCCUCAGUUUGCAGUGGCAGCUGUGAUCUGGGAUGUCUUUAUUUCUGAGCAUAUUCCCCUCCAAAGAUGUUCUUCAAUGUUUUCCUCUUUGCCUUCCCCAUUCUUGUGGCUGUAGUGUGUUCCCCAUGCAUGCACUUAGAAACUGACUGUGAUGAGUCUGUGCACCUUGGUAAUGAGUGAGAGAACUGAAACUCUGUGCCAUGUCAGUGUGAAGCCAUGGCAAUGGCAGCAGCUGAAUGCUUCCUAUUUAUAUAGGCAUCCUUACAAAACAUGGCUUUAAGGAUUACUUGCUGUGAAUAUGAUGACUCUUACAUGACUAUCAGUACUAGCCCAAAGUGAAAUCUAGCAACACUUAAGGGCUGUCAUCCCUACUAACUACAGUCAAAGCAGCAUUGGUUCUGCAUGCUAAGAUGUAGAACAGGCUUAGCUGAUGUGAACUGAGUAGCAACAAGGAGGCCACCCCUGCUUCCCUCAGCUACUGCAAGGCUCUGUGGCUUGGAGGAGUCCAGUGCAGUGGGCAGCCAUAUUAAACAAGCUUUCCUUAAUCCUGUAGCAUUCCUCAGUUCCAGAGUAGCUCUACAUGUCAUCCCUCUUCAUAAAUAUGUUCCAUGCUUUCACUGCUUGAUGCCCAAGUACAAUUCUGUGCUCUCUAGCUGUUUUUCAGCUUUACUGCCAUGCCAUGUCCAUGACAGCACUGAUGGUGGGCACUGGUUCCUGGACUCAGCAGGAAGGAAAGCUCCUCCUGACCUAUGUAAUUAUGCAAAGUGGAAGGGUGACAGUUAUUCAAAGCUCUGUACAGCUUUUUCACAGAAAUUCUUUUGCAAGUGUUAGCUCAGUUAGUGCUGUAUUUGCUGCAUCUUACAGGGGCUGUCUCAUGUUUUGCUUGUUUCUACACAGCUUUACCACAGCUUUGGAUUCAGCACAGGCCUGGCACCAUGUAAUGCAGGGUGACAGCUCAUGCAGUAGAUGAGUCAUGUUUGAAAAGCUUAAUGAAAUUAAAGCAAUAUCAAAAGACAGUCAUCUAACAUGAUUCUGCUCAAUAGUGCAGGUUCCACUAGCCAUUUUAAAUGGAGGAAGAUGUGUAACAUAAGGAAUUAUAUAUAUGAAUUCAGGUUUGAGUUUCAUGAGAAACCCAGUAACAGCUUCAGACGAUGCCUAGAAAAAUGCUGCUGCAAUGACAGGACAUAAAAGGGAAAAAAUGUUUUCAGGGCA